AUGGAGGGUGGGAAACUCUGGGAUCCCCCGUCAGACACAAGCAGCACCCCAAAAGAUCACAAAAGAACCCAUGAAUGCUCAGAGUGUGGGAAAUUUUUUAGUCUCCACUCCCUCCUUUUGACCCACAGGAAGGUCCAUGUGGGAAGUGGAUCCAGUCAAGGUUCAGAGGGUGAGAAAUCUUUCUCUGGGAAAAACUCCAAAGAUCUCAGGAGCCCCCCAACACUAAAACCCUAUAAAUGUGAGGAAUGUGACUUAUGCUUUCGGCAAAAGUCAUACCUUCGUGCACAUCAGAAAAUCCAUACUGGAGAGAAACCUCAUCAAUGUCUGGAAUGUGGGAAAUUUUUCCGUAAAAAAGCCUAUCUCAGAAGGCACGAGAGCAUUCACAUAGAGGAGAAACCUUACAAGUGCUGGGAAUGUGGGAAGAGCUAUUCUCAGGAGUCAUGUCUUUGGCGUCAUAAGAAGAUUCAUUUGGGAAUAAAGCCUUACAAGUGCUUUGAAUGUGGGAAUGGUUUUACCCGGGGUUCAUCUCUUCGCAGUCAUUUGAAAAUACACACAGGGGAGAAAAACGAAAAGUGCCACGAAUGUGGGAAAUGUUUUAUCCAGAAAUCAACCCUGAUGCGACAUCAGAGACGUCACACCGGAGAGAAACCCUAUGAAUGCCCAGAAUGUGAGAGACGAUUUGUGGAUUCUUCUGACCUUCGGAGACACCAGAAGAACCACAUGGGGGAGAAAAUAUUCAAAUGUGGAAAGUGCGGGAAGAGUUAUCUUACACAAGGAGAGAUCCAGGUUCAUGAGAGAAGCCACACCAGGGAGAAGGCAUUCAGCUGUGAGGAGUGUGGGAAAUGUUUCUUCCGAAAACACCACCUGGCAAGGCAUCAUAAAACCCACACAGGAGAGAAGCCAUAUCAAUGCAACAAAUGUGGAAGCUUUUAUAUUUCCAUAUCAGCCUUUCGAAGUCAUGUGGAAAACACAAGCAACACUCCAAGUAACCAAGGAACCCAGGAACACCCAGAGGGUUGGAUAUCCUUCCCUCUCUGCUGCAUCGUUUUGACCCACCAGAACGUCCAUGUGGGAAGCGGAUCCAGUCAAGGUUUGGAGAACGUGGAAUCCUCCUCUGGGAAAGAAGCCGGAGGUCUCAGAAGCCCCCCAGAACCAAAACCUUAUAAAUGUGAGGAAUGUGACUUGCCCUUUGAUCAAAUGUCAAAGCUUCUUAGACACCAGAGAAUCCACACCGGAGAGAAACCUUAUCAGUGUCUGGAAUGUGGGAAACGUUUCCGUGGAAAAGGCAACCUCAGAAGCCAUGAGAGGAUUCACACAGGGGAGAAACCUUACAAGUGUUGGGAAUGUGAGAAGAGCUUUUGUCAGGAGGCAAGCCUUAGGGCCCAUGAGAAGAUUCAUUUGGGAAUCAAAUCUUACAAAUGCUUUGAUUGUGGAAAACGUUUCACCUUGCGUCAGUCUCUUUACAGUCAUGAGAAAAGACACAAAGGGGAGAAAAACGAAAAGUGCCUCGAAUGCGGGAAAUGUUUUAUCUUUAAAUCAAGCCUGGUGCAACAUCAGAGACGUCACACCGGAGAGAGACCCUAUGAAUGCGAAGAAUGUGAGAGAAGAUUUGUGGAUCAUUCUGAGUUCCGGAUACACCAGAGGAGGCACAAAGGAGAAAAACCCUAUGAAUGUGGGGAGUGUGGGAAAAGUUUCCUUACACGAACAGAGAUCCGGAAUCAUGAGACAAUCCACACGGGAGAGAAGCCAUUCAAAUGUGGGGAGUGUGGGAAAUGUUUCUCCCUAAAACAACAACUCAAAACCCAUCAGAGGAUCCACACAGGGGAGAAGCCCUACAGAUGCGUAGAAUGUGGAAGAUGCUUUCGACACGUGGGAGACCUUUCGAUACAUCAUAGGACCCACACAGGGGAGAAGCCAUAUCAAUGCAACGAAUGUGGAAAGUUUUAUAGUACAUCAUCAGCCCUUGGAACGCAUAUGAAAAUUCACACGGGGGAAAAAAACUUCAAAUGUUUGGAAUGCGGCAAAGCAUUUAUUCAGUCAGGCUCCCUUAUACGUCACAGCCGAAUCCAUACAGGAGAGAAGCCCUAUAAAUGCUCAGAGUGUAAUAAAUGUUUUUCUCAGAAAGUUGCUCUUUUAAAGCAUCAGAGAAUCCAUACCGCAGAACAACCACACAAUGAGGAUGAAGACAAUUAAUCAGUGGAACAGAA